AUGCGCCGCGGGCAGCGGGCAGCUCCGCGGCUCGCCCGGGAGCUUGAGUGCGGAGCGGCGCGGUCCCUCCCCGGGCAGGAUGUACACGGCCGCUGGCCCCUUUCUACCGCCUCCAACUUCGUUGUUUGGUUCAGCCGCGAUAUUGCUCUGCAUCGGGCCGGCAGCCGGCGGCUGCUUCCCGCAUGGACGCCGCGGCGGCGAAUGAAGCCGUCCUUCUGCAUCGCCGGACAUCUCCACGCCGGCGGCGAGGGCGGCGGGGGACCCGCCGACAGCCUGCCCGGAGGUCCGGCCGCGAUGCCGGCGGGCGCUGAAGCCGUCCACCACGGAGGUCCCUUCCCGCUACCGCCUCGUCCGCUCCGGCCACGCCCGUUUCCCCGUUUGGGGACCCCCCCCCCCCGGGGGUUUUGGGGGGGGGGGGCCCCCCCCCGCCCCGCCACCUUCCCGCCGCCGCCUCUCGGCCUCUCUCCGCCGCCUUACCAUCCCACCCACCGCCCCGCAGCACGGUCCCCCGCGGCGCAGCGGCGGCGGCGGGAAGGCGGAGGCGCCCGGGCCCCCGCCCGGCUGCCCGGCGGCCACACGCACGGUUCGGCACCGGCGCCCGCCAGCAAAGACCUGAAAUUCGGUAUCGACCGCAUCUUAUCGGCGGAGUUUGACCCCAAAGUUAAGGAAGGCAACACGCUGAGAGAUCUGACCUCCUUAUUAACUACCAGCCGCCAAACUGGGGUUCAUCUCCCCAACUUGCAGCCUUCCGCCGGCCAGUUCUUCGCGUCUCUAGACCCCAUUAACGAGGCCUCUGCUAUCCUGGGUCCUUUAAACACAAACCCAAGGAGCUCAGUGCAGCACCAGUUUCAAGACACUUUUCCAGGUCCAUAUGCAGUUUUAACCAAGGACACGCUGCCCCAGACGUACAAGAGGAAACGCUCCUGGUCUAGGGCUGUUUUCUCCAACCUGCAGAGGAAAGGUUUAGAAAAACGGUUUGAAAUCCAGAAGUAUGUCACCAAACCGGACAGGAAGCAACUGGCGGCGAUGCUGGGGCUGACAGAUGCUCAAACCCCGGUUCGCUCGGCAUCGCCGUUUCACACUCGCAGGCACACACAUCUUUCUCUGCAGUUCAUGCCUCGGGACUGCCUGGCGUCGGCAAGACAAACUGCAAUCUCCGAAAUGUCAACUUUUGCCACAAUCUCGACUAAAAAAACCACCCCCUUCUUAUUGCUGUUGAGCGCUCAUCAGAAAUAA